UGAUCAGCUGUGUCCAAUCACAGCUGAUCGCAUGUAAAUAGGGAAAUGCCGGUUAUCAGGCUGACAGCUCAAGAGGAGAGCCAGUAAUCAGCAUCCCUCAAAGGGGACAUGUACACUGAUCAUCAGGGCACUGAUGAUGACCCCAGCAGUGCCACCUGUCAGUGUCUAUUAGUGCCAGCUGUCAGUGCUCAUCCAUGCCACCUGCCAGUGCCCAUCAGUGCCACAUCAAUGCCACAUUUCAGUGCCUACCAGUGCACAUCAAUGCCACAUAUCAGUGCCCAUCCGAGCUGCCUUUCAGCUUCACCCAUCAGUGCCAGUUAGUGCCAUCUAUCAAUGCCAGUCAGUGCCACCUAUCAGUGCUGCCAAUCAGUGCCACCUAUCAGUGCCAGUCAUCAGUGCUGCCUAUCAGUGUGCAUCAGUGCCGCCUAUCAGUGCCCGUCAGUGCUGCCUAUCAGUGCCACCUAACAGUG